CCGCCGUGCCGUUAGCCCCCCCCCCCCCCCCCCCCCCCGCCUCUCACGCGCGUUGUUGCCAUCGCCGCUGCCGUUCUUCGCCAUCGCCGUGUUUCUGCGGCGUACACCUCGUCCGCAAUCUUCGGCCAUUGGGGUUUGAGGGAAGGGCGAUGAUUGGAUCGAAAUCUAUGAUCAGUAGAAUUUCUGUUGACCAUUGCACAUUGUGAAAUGUUUGCAACCCUAUGAAUUCCGGUGGGCACUAUACUCGUCUUGACUGUGAUUGGGCAAAUUCUGUAUUAGGUUUUAGCUGAUCAAACUGGGCAAUUCAGUUGGCUGCCAAUUAUGGAGCACCUCCCGGUGGAAGUCAUUGGCAACAUUCUUUCACAUCUUAGUGCUGCACGUGACGUCAUGGUUGCCUCAGCAGCCUGCCGGAAGUGGCGGGAAGCCUCCAGGAGGCACCUCCAUUCACUGUCUUUCAAUUCAGACGACUUUCCCCGUGACAUGACUACACGUCAGUUGGAGAUCAUCAUCACACAGACUAUAUUUCAGACGAUGGGGCUGCAAUGCCUCUCUAUUCAUAUAGAUAACACACAUGAGUUCUCCGCAGCACCUGUGAUUGCGUGGCUCAUGUAUACCAGGGAGACACUCCGCUGCUUGUAUUACAAUAUCCAAACCAAUCCUAAUGUAAACAUCUUGGAGAAGUGCGGGAGACAGAAGCUGGAGGUGUUGGAUUUGGACCAUAACACAAUCACCGGUGUUGAACCAAGCUACCAGAGGUUCACUUGUCUUAAAUCCCUUUAUUUGAGGCAUGUGAGCAUUUCUGCACUGGAUUUGAGCCUUUUAGUUGCUGCUUGCCCGAAGAUAGAGUCGUUGGCACUUGAUGUCCUUGAGAUUGUCACAUCAGAUUCGCAGUCUACAAUGGAAUUGACAAGCCAUACCUUGAAAAGCCUCUUUGUAAAAACAGUUGGUGUGGACAAGAUCAUACUCGAUGCAGAUAAUCUGGAGGUCCUGCACCUCAAUGCUUUGAACCUUGAUUUGUUUGAGCUCUCUGGGAAGGGCACACUAAAGCACCUCAAGAUUGAUGAUGUGAGUGUUACACAUUUGGAUAUUGGGGAGAGUACAGAUCAUCUGGAGGUAGUGGAUGUGAGUAACUUUAUGAUAGUCUGGCCGAAGUUCUACAACAUGAUAUCUAGAGCGUCCAACUUGCGGAUGCUACGUUUCUGGGGUGUUGUGUUUGACGAUGAAGAUGAGAUUGUGGACUCUGAAUCUAUUGCUGUUUCAUUUCCUCUUCUAAGGCAUCUUUCAUUAAGUUAUGAAUUGCGAGAUGGGCUGCUUCAUUAUAGCCUGCAAGGAUUGUCACCGCUGGAGAAUGUUUCAGUUCUUGAACUUGGCUGGACAGUAAUAAGUGAGCACUUUGGACCCUGGGUGUUUGGGAUGAUUAAAAGGUGUCCAAAUCUCAAGAAACUUAUCAUACACGGUGUUCUUUCUGAGGCAAAAACACGCGAAGAGCGGCAGAUGUUAGCAAGCUUCACCUCUUUUAUAGUCUGUCUCAUGAGAAAGUAUGUGCAUGUUGACGUACAAUUUGAGUACGAGUGAUCAUCUAGUACGUCAAAUGGGCAUCUUUAUCCUAGCUCAGUCAAAGUCGUCCCACCAGACUUUUAUGUUGCUUAGCUCCUGUUCGUGAAGCAGUUCCACUAUGCACAUCUAAUUUACCUUUGAUCCUACUUCAUGAGGAAUUGAGAACCACUUGGCUCGUAACUGUCAGCUGCAUGGUUAAAGAAAGUUUUUUGGUCGACCUAUUCGCUGAAUCCAGAUUCCUGAAUUUGUGCAUGCAUUACAGCGAUGCGAUUCUUUUUUUGCCCUGAAAAAUCAUCUUUUCUUGUGAUUCAUUUCUUCAAACUGAAACGAAAUGGUUCAGUUGAGAUUUAUUGGGCACAUGCUUUGAUGCUUAUGUACAAUAUAUAAACAUGUUAUUCAUGGGAUAAAUUUUGAUUCUAAAUUCCUUUA